AUGCCUAACAAAAAAUCCAGAGACGCCUACAAGGGGCAACUGACUCAUGUGAAGAAGACCAUUGAGAAAUAUGAGGCUGAUGCGUUGCUUCUGAACCAACCAAACGCCAGGGUCGAGCUGAAGACUCAAAGCCAGCUCAUCAGUCGGAUUGAGAUGAAUUAUCAGACCAUUCAGAUGAAAAUCAUCCAGGAUUGUCGCAUCAAGGAGGAUGCUGACCAGGAACAAAAUGACCUUCUGGAGUUUCUGGGGGAUUGUGCCAAUACAUUCUCGCGUGUAGCAACGCUCCUCAAUUGCCUUGAUGAAUCAUCUGUUCAAUCUCCGAUUGGUGAUGGCCAUGGAGGUGAUGCUGCAGAUCUUAAGUCGAUCAUUGCCCUCAUGAGUCAGCAACUCACAGAGCAGCAGAGGCAGCGGGAGGCUGAUGAACGGAAAUUCACCAGCAUUCUGGAAUCUCAGCGAAACGAAUUCCAAGGUUUUAUGAAUGCAUCUCAGGCCGCCGCUCAUGAUGAUUCUACUGACAAUGCCCAGCUCGUGUCUCAACUCUUGCCCAUGCCGGUGAAACUCGAACCAAUUCGAGUACCCAAUUUCUCUGGAUCUUACAAGGAUUGGAAAACAUUCCACGAUUUAUUUGUUUCCGUGGUUGAUGGCAAUCCACGGCUCACCAGAGUGCAGAAAAUGCACUAUUUGAAAACCUCCCUCAUGGGAGAAGCAGCGAAGUUGAUUGAACAUCUUGGGAUAUCUGAAGCCAAUUAUUCAGUCGCUUGGGAGCGCCUCAAGGAGCGCUACAAUGAUAAGGUUGCGAUUGUGAGAGAAUUGAUGGACACAUUUAUGGACCUUCCUUCAGUCACCAAGCCAGACAUCACCAUUCUGAGGAAAAUUCAAUCGGAUUCCACCUCCACCAUUCAUGCGUUGGGUGCGUUAGAGGUCAAUCAGCGUGAUCCAUGGCUAAUUCAUUGCGUUUUGAAGAAACUCGAUCGAGAGACGCAAUGGUUGUGGGCUCAGGAGGACCAUGGAGUAGACACAACGUGGGACGUUUUUGACAAAUUCCUCACGAAGAGAUGCCGCUCCUUGGAACAUUGUACUACAGAGAAUCCAUCACGUCAGAACACUCCAAGCAACUACAACAAGAACAAACCCAACACACCCUUCAAGAAGGCGUCAACUUAUGCAUCAGGUGCCAGUGAUAGUUGUAACUAUUGUCAGGUUAGCUCACACAAAUUGUACAGAUGUAGAAAGUUCUUAGAUCUCCCUGCAAAAGAUAGGUUUGAGGUAGUGAAAAGGCUUAAAAUUUGUCAAAAUUGUUUAUCAGAGGUACAUAAUUUGGCUAGUUGCAAAUAUCCCCCAUGCAAAACGUGCAAUAAAGCACACAAUAAAUUGAUUCAUGAUGCCAUGCAAAGUGCAUCCACCAAUGUCACUGUAGGUCAACCUAUUUGCGAAGCACCCCUUACCACUCCAUCAAUGUCGGGAUUAGAUGGAGCGAGUCCCACAAGUGAAAGUCAGUUUGUUAGUACAUUGACAUGUUCAGAGAAAAGUGGAGUGAAAGCACAUGUUCUUUUCGCCACUGCUAGAGCUGAGUUGUUGGACAAAUUCGGAAACAGACAUGCCUGUCGCUUGGUACUGGAUCCUACUUCCCAGGUCAACAUAAUAUCAUCACGCUUGUGCCAUACGAUGAAACUCCCACGUCAGUUUUCAAGGUUUACUGUGGAUGGUGUUAAUGAUUCCACUCAAAUGUGCAAUCAAGAGACCCAGGUGAAGCUUCUUUUUCAUUUGAACGGCAAUCUCAUGUCUCAAGUUCUUGAUUGUUUAGUACUCCCAAAAGUUACCAACGAUCAGCCAAACUGGAAUGUGGACUCAUCGAACAUCAAGAUUCCCGAACAAUGUACGCUUGCAGAUCCCAAUUGGCACCUGCAGCAGAGAAUUGAUCUUCUCAUCGGGGGAGCGUUCGCUUGGAAGUACAUUGGCCCAAAUUCAUACCACCUUGGAGAAGGAUUGCCUAUGCUUCAGGACAGUGUGUUCGGAUGGCUCAUGGUGGGACCUUGUUUCAAAAUCCCCCCACCACAAAGGGUGUCGUGCAAUCUCACAUCUCUUGCCUCAUUGGACAGAACCAUGAAGAAGUUCUGGGAAUGUGAACAAAUCCCGAAACCAAUCAGCAUCCUUGAGGAGCAUCAAUUGGCAGAACAAUCAUUUGUGAAGUCUUGCACUCGAGAGGAAUCUGGACAAUACAAAGUUGAACUUCCAGUCAAUUCUGAAAUUCAGGAUUUGGAAUCCAAUCGUUCUACGGCAGUACGACAGCUUCAAUAUUUGGAGAGGAGACUUGAAAAGACCCCCACUUUGCACGCAGCCUACUAUGCAGUCUUUGAGGAAUAUCUGCAGUUGAACAUCAUUGAACCUGUGCCACCUGAGGAGAUUACUGCACCACUUCAUCCUACUUACUAUAUGCCACAUCAUUGUGUGAUACGAGAGGAUUCCAAGACAACGAAGGUGAGGCCAGUCUUCAAUGGCAGUUCGAAAUCAUCCUCAGGGUGGAGUAUCAAUGACCAUCUCCACGUUGGCCCUGUUGUGCAACCACCAUUGGUUGCAACAUUGAUGAGGUUCAGACUACAUCCCAUUGCUCUCACCUGCGAUAUUGUUAAAAUGUAUUUACAAGUCCUGUUGCAUUUAUAUCACAGAGAUCUACAAAGAUUUGUCUUAAUGAUUAACAAUGAAAUAAAAGAUUUUCGAUUUCGUACCGUGUGUUUCGGAGUGGCAUCCUCGCCCUUUCUCGCAACCCGUGUCUUGAAUCAACUUGCUGAGGAUGAAGGAGAGAAUUAUCCCCUUGCUGCAGAUGCUAUCAGGAACAACUUUUAUGUUGAUGAUUGCCUCCUUUCUGCAUCCUCUGUCGAGGAAGUUCUUGCCAUCAAGCAGCAGUUGCAGGAAAUCUUCAGCAAAGCUGGCAUGACUCUUUCAAAAUUUCGUUCGAAUUCGGCAGAGGUUCUAGCCACUGAGGUUGGCGACAUGGAAGAUGAAGCUGUUCUGUUGGAUGAGGAGGCAAAGGCACUCGGAAUCCGGUGGCAUCCCCGGUCAGAUACAUUUCAAUUCCGUGUGUCUCAACAGUUGAUGACAUCAGAAAUGACCAAACACUCAAUUCUGUCGACAAUUGCACGAAUUUAUGACCCUUGCGGACUUAUAGGGCCGGUCAUAACUGCAGGGAAGAUCAUUCUUCAAGACACGUGGACUCGCAAUUUGAGUUGGCAUGAAGAGGUGCCAGAGGAUUUGAAGUCGAUGUGGACAAAAUUCAUCACUGAUUUACCAAACAUUGAGGCGUUACGCAUUCCACGCUGGGCUUCCGACUUCAAAGAUACUGUGCAUAGAGAGUUACAUGUCUUUGGUGAUGCAAGUAUGAUGGCAUAUGGGGUCGCAGUUUAUUUAGUCUGCACAGACAAAAGUGGAGCUAGAUCAUCUUACCUGAUGGCAGCAAAAUCAAAGUUGAACCCAAUAGAUGACAAAGAUACGAAGAAGAGAAAGUUGACUAUCCCCAAAGCGGAGCUUUGUGGGGCAGAACUUGCUGUGGAACUAGCAGCAGUGGUGGCUGAAGCUAUUGGCGUUAAGGAGGUGCACUAUUGGUUGGAUGCUACAGUUGUUUUGUGUCAGAUCUACUCAGCAUCACCAAAGCAGGAGGUGUUUGUCAAGAAUCGCGUCAGGAAAAUCCGUGCAGCAACACGGAGCGAGAUAUGGAGGCAUGUACGCACAGACGAGAAUCCUGCUGAUCUUAUUUCAAGGGGAAUCACUGCUGAAAAGCUCAUCAAUAAUCGUCUGUGGUGGCAGGGCCCUCAUUGGCUUUGUAUGGAUCAAAGUCAGUGGCCACCUGUUUUCUCGCCCAGUGGCACGGGGGAGUUCAUUGACAAGUUAUCAUGUUCAUUACAAUUGACUGGAAAUAUAGAAGAGGAAACAAUUUACCAUAAAUUGGUUACCAAUGUGAGCAAAUUCUCCCGAAUGGUACGUACAGUGGCUUGGAUUGCUAGAGCGUGUGGCAAGUUCAAGACUCUCGGGAAGAGGGUCACCCGGAGUGCUUCUGUGGUCUAUCCGGACACAUUGUCAGUGGUGGAGCUGGCACAAGCGGAAAUCACAUUGAUUCGAUGGGCUCAACUGGACGCUUGGCCUUAUGUCAUCAACGCUGUGAAGGAUGGAUCCAUAGAGUACAAACCAAAAUUGCAAUCUUUUCGGAAGCUUCGACCAUUCUUGGAUGAAGAUGGGAUAUUGAGAGUGGGCGGCAGACUUUCCCACUCUUCUGAAUCAUUUGAUGUCAAACACCCAAAGAUUAUUCCCAAGGGAAAAUUGGCUGAAAGAUUGGCACAUAAAUUUCACCUUGAAACACUUCAUGCUGGACCUCAACUGGUAAUGUCAAAUUUACGGUUGCAGUAUUGGAUGAUGAAUGGGCGAAAUAUAGUUCGAAAAGUGAUCAGAGAGUGCAUCGUUUGCAGAAAGGUGAAACCACCGGUGGCAGAACAGUUAAUGGGAGAGUUGCCCGCUGCAAGAGUAGAAGUUCCGUCAAUGGCUUUUAAAGCCACAGGAGUUGAUUACACCGGUGCUAUUCGGAUUAGGCGUACUCCACGAGGAAAAACAACGGAAAAGGCUUAUGUAGUGGUGUUUGUUUGCAUGAGUGUCAAAGCUGUUCAUUUGGAGCUUGUAACAUCAUUAUCUACACAGUCAUUCAUAGCCGCACUCCGAAGAUUUGUGGCACGAAGAGGAGCCCCAACUCAGAUGUACAGUGACAAUGGGACGAAUUUUGUGGGGGCGGACAAGGAGUUACAGCACUUAUUGCGGCAACAGGCAUUCCAGGAGGAGGUUUCCAAUUGCUCAUCAGGCCUGGGGAUUCAGUGGCACUUUAAUCCCCCUGCUGCUCCCCACCAUGGCGGACUUUGGGAAGCCGCGGUCAAAUCAUUUAAAUUUCACUUCAAGCGAAUUGUUGGACAGGCAGUGCUGACGUAUGAGGAAAUGAGCACCAUAUUGGCACAGAUUGAAGCCAUUCUAAACAGCAGACCACUUGUUGUUCUGUCUGAUGAUCCUCAGGACCCUGUGGCAUUGACACCUGGACACUUUCUCAUGAAAUGUUCGUCAGCACAACUCCCAGACCCGUCAUUGGGGCAUUUGAAGCAAGGAAGAUUGAGUAGAUGGCAACUUUGCCAGUCCCUACAGCAGCAUUUUGCUCAGCGCUGGAAGCACGAGUACCUCACCAACCUUCACUCUCGGAACAAGUGGAAUAGAAGAAUGGACGAUCUGAAGGUGGGAGAUGUUGUGAUCAUCCGAGAGGAAAAUGUGGAGUCAACUCAUUGGCCAUUGGGCAUAGUCAGGGAAGUGUGCCCAGGCGUUGAAGGAGCUGUACGGGUGGUAAGGGUGCAAAUGGGUGACAAGGUAUACACAAGGCCGAUAGUCAAGUUGGUCAAAUUGUUGAAGGAAGAAGAAUGUGAGAAGGAGGAUUGA